AUGUUGCUCCUCGUUGAGUUUGUACUGGGAGUGGGCAGGUGUGCAUUGGGAAGGAUUUGGCAACAGACUAGCAACCUUGCGAGCAGGGGAUGGACAGUGCUGACCCGUCAUGCGCCCACGUACAUCGCAGACCAUAGCUCGCUGCCACACCAACACGGGCGACUCACCCAUUCAUUGAUGUUCCGCUGCGGCCAAUUUUGGAGAGGGUACGGAAGCAGGAUGACACCAUCGUCGAUCAUCGACUGCAAGGCGACGAGAUCAGCAGGAAUCGACCCGUCACGAGCGACCAGAUCCGCAGGGAGGGCGGAUCGGAGUCCUGCAAAGUAG